AUGCCGCCAGAUUCGCCAGCACCCUCGGCGCUCAGCCCGCUCGCCAGCGACGACACGACAUCGACACCUCCCCCCGCUCCCGAUUCUAAACAACCUCUCGACACCGUUGGAAAGGCGGAGACGGUCGCGUCCGAGCCAGCAAAGGCGGGCAAGGUGGAUGGACAGGCGAGCGAGCAGCCCACAUCCGCCGCGCGGCUGAGCGUCCUCUCGCCCGAUCUGGCAAGAGGUGUACCACCUCUCGGCGCAGUGACACCUGCGACACCGUCAGAACCGGCAACACCCAUCGCCGCGCCUCUUCCAGAGAAUCCUCGCGCUCUCGCUUCUCUCGACACCGCGCUCGACAAGCUCGACGUUGCGCCUCAACCGCUAUCCGCCUCUUCAGCUCACUCAGCCGCAUCGCCCCGAUUUCCCUCCCGACCACCCUCUCGGCCACCGUCUCGACCACCCUCACUCUCACGACCUCCCUCCUCUUACCGCCCUCGCUCGUCUUCCUCCGUCUCGCGGCUGUCCACUUCGGCAGGAGCAGGACCGAGCGACCCCAAGCGUCUGUCCGUAUCGACCAACUCCUCGCUCCAGUCUCCUUCCCUCGCCGGCGCUCCUGCUUCGCCUCGAAUCCCCGAAGACGCAGAUCCCGACCCCAUAGCAGUCGGCUCUUCCCCACGACGCGCAAGUCAAGUCGACACGUCCGGCUGGACGCAGCUCUCCACUUCCUCCACCGCUCCGACUCUCGCAGCUCACGAAACGCUCCUCGUCAUUCGCGACUAUGCCUAUCCUCGGACAGAUCCGCGCUUCGAGGGGAAACAGCUGCCGGAAGAUGUUGAGGCAGAACGGAGGUUUCGCGAAGAAGAGGCGCUGGGGAGGAAGAGGAGUAGUUGGGAUGAUGAGGACGAGGAUGGACCGGUGGGCGGAGCGGUCGGCCCGGGUUUCCACUGGGGAUUCGUCACCAGUCACACUUCAGAUUUCCCAGCUGCUUCCGACCUCUCCGACAACGACUCGGACACGCCCGACGGCUACUCGUUCCACGAUCCCGAACUCGACCCGUCCUCGAACGGGAACGGCGACGACGAGCUGGGCGAGUUUGUCCCGGGCGUUUACAGCGCUGUCUAUGCGUUCGAGCCGGAACUCGAUACGGAGAUGAGGCUUGAAGCGGGGGAGUUGGUCAGCGUGUUUGAGCGGCAGUGUGCGGGUUGGGUCCAAGCAGGGCGGAUCGUCAACAACGAGCUGACGGGCGAGAUCGGCCUCGUCCCGGAGAACUACCUCGCUUUGGUCGAAGCACACGAGGGCGUCGUCGAGUGGACGACCGGCGAAGAAGGGGACGUGCAUGGCGUCAUGCAUGCGCAUGAUCAGGAGGGUACGGCAGAGGGCGCGACGGAGAAGGAAGCGCAUGGAGCGAAGGAGGUCGAGGCAGCGGCGACGAAGCAGGACGAGCCCCGUCAAGAUCCGCCCUCCGACCCGACGCACGACUCCUCGCGAUGA